CAGACUCUGCGCCUGUUCUGUGACUUCUGUCUCUCUGCACAAAGCAGUGUUCCCGUCAUUUGGGCUGGAGGCUUGGCAUCGGAGGAAAACAUGGCAAAGCAUCUGACUUCAAUCUUCAGCCAUGGUUGGGCUCAGAAACUCCUCCCAACAUUCUCCAAUAAGCUGGAAUCAGGAAAGGCUGUUUCUGUGGGACUGGGUGGACAUGGUACAGCGGGUUACAGUACGCAAGUUAAGCAAGAAUCUCAUUAUUAUGACGGUGCCUUUGUGGAUGCAUUCCUGAUGAAAAUGAAAAAUAACAAAGAGCUUCUUAUGAACAAGAAAAUCUGGUCCCGGAGGUCUACUAUUUUGCCGGAAUUCGUUGGCUGCACUGUACGUAUAUACAAUGGAAAAACUCAUGUUCGCUGCAAAAUCACAGAAGAAAAGGUCGGUCACAAGUUCGGAGAAUUUGCUAUGACUCGGAAACGGAGACUUCCAAUGAAAAAUGCUGCACCACUAAGAAAAGCGAAUAAAACCGGCAAGAAAAAGUGAAUCUCUUGGUCCAUACGAUAUGCAUAUGGAAUAUAGCAGUCAAGAAACCAGAAUAUCUCCAAUGCAUUAGAGAAAGCCUCCUGAUCUAACAUUUCAGUUUCACUCCUUUUCAUCUAAUAAGAUCAGGUGUGUACUGGAAUCGAAGUUGCACUACCACGCAUGGUCAUUGGUUGGAAUUUGUUUUUUUUUUCUUUUUUCCUUAAUGAUUUUGUGGAGGGUAUUAGAGGGCUGAUGGAAAGGAAGCAAUCACUUCUAUAGGUUUACAAUAGUUAUUUGCAUUUACAAUUUUGUAUCAAAUUGAUUUAGUUUCAUUUGUUUCUUUUCAGCCUGAAUUUUUCCUUUUUGGUUUGGAAGAAAGUUUAACCACAAGUCUUUGAAGUUGUA